UCUUAUUCAUAUCACCCUCAUAUGCACGCAGGAUAUAUAGCUAAGAUAGGAACGUCGACGUCAUAUACCCAUCAAUUAUUGUCCAGACAAUUUUUAUUCUUCUGGUAUAUAUAUUUUAUUAAUCUAUUACCCUCCUAUAUUGCACCGACUGGACUAAAUUGUUGUGCUCUGGUCUCUUCAAAAUACUUUUAACACAUAAAUAUAUAUAUAUCUUCCUCUUAUUGCAGUUUCCUCUUCUUUAUUAAUUACUAUACGAGAUAAGUUGGGCUGAUUCAAGAAUCUAAAAAGUUGCUGGCUGGCUUUCACCUUUUGAGUUUUUGGCAACAAGGAUUUGGAAAACUGAUCUUUUCCAAAUUAAGUGAGGAAGCCACUAAUUAAGAUCAGGGAGGAGAAGGGAAGGAAUGAUGAUGGAGUUUUUUCUGCUGGGUUGCACGGCAGUGGUGGUGUUGCUUCAUGGAGUUAACUUCUUCUUCCACGCUCUCUCUUCUCACCUUGCCUUUCGUUCCCUCAGUUUCUUGGGAGUGGUUAGCUGGUAAGAAAACUUGUAAAAUACACACAUUGGAGGCAGGAGGAUGCUUCGGAAUAGAGCACUCCACAGCACCAUGAAUUCAUCAAUGAUGGAGGGAUCAUGAACCCCUGACCAGAAAACUUGUCAAAUACACGAGUUUGAUAGAUAAGUGCCUUACUUUUAAGUAGGCCAGCAAUGUAUUCUGAUCAUAUAGUUCAGUCUUUAGACUCAUCCUGGAUGUUGUUUCUUUUGCUUUUUUACUCAGAUUGAAACCAUAGCAAAAGUACUUCUAACUCUGUUAAGCGGAGGUUAAUUUGUAAAGAUUGUUCAAUCUCUCGAUAUGUUGUCCAAGUUGCGGAUAUGGUCCAAAACAAGCCCGCGUAUGAUGGAUGAAUUGGGAGGAACAAGACUCUAUUUCCUGACACAUUCUACUUGUUAUCAAAAUAAGGAAUCAGACCAUCCCUUCUACUUGCUGUAUUUCUUGGAGUGUCAGCUUUCAGUGAAUUAAAUGAAGUUAUCUUGCUUAUCCAAAAAAAAAAAAAAAAAUUUUUUUUUUUUGAGGGAUCAUGCUAGAUUUGAUUAUUUCCCCCAAAUGCAAGCUUCAUUUCAAAGGCUUCAAGUCCUCAAGCGAACACCCCUCCCUUCAUCAAUUACAAUACUUGCAUGGUGUGUUAAUUGAAUGAAAUAUGAAUGAAGUCAUGAACUUGGAUUCAGUAUUAUCAUGGGGGUUUUAACAUUUGGAAUUUGGUAUAUUAACUAGUUAACAUGGAUAGUAAGACGUCGUCCCCUGUAUUUUCUGGACUGCCUGGCGCUUCAUCUCAUUCUGUGACAACUUUGAUAUCAAAUCACUCUACAGUUCAUGACUGACAGAUUCGGCCUCUCAAAUGGGAGUUUCUCCCAGAGGAUUGUGGUUGUGAUUAUUUAGGAAUGCAACAUUAAUCUCUACGGCAUGAACAUUGAUCAGGCCCCAAGUGGUUGGCUAAUUCAAGGCCAGACUUAGCCCAAUCAGCUUACGUCCAGUUCUGCCAGCUGCUCUUGACUUAAAUUUUCCUGAACGGACCCCAAAAAAUAAUAAUAAUAAAGGAGCUGUUUUGUUUGGUUAUUAAAGUUGCAAACCAGCCGAUCCUCUUGAGAAAUGCUCUAAUCAAUUGAAAUCUCUGCAUUGGAGGCUUGAAUCUGUCAGAGAACAUAUUAGACUCUGGAUUGGAGGCUUGAAUCAAACGAUAGUCUGUUAAGUGGGUGAGAUAACACAACAUGUUAGACCACUGCUAAAUGGAUUCUGGGAUCAUCAAUUUGUUCUGUAAAUUAUAGGCCUGCAUAAAAUUCCCAAUUCUCAACACACCAACUCUCCAUCGUUGACUUGGGCUCAUUAAGUAUUACCUAGAAAACAUCAGAGAUUCCAAGUACAUAAUGCCUUCCAACAUGAGUUGGCAACUUGUUUGGACUUCCAAUUAUAGAGUAAAAUACUCUAUAGGCACAAUGGCGCACGAUUAGGCAAGGGUGGGACAUAUGGUAGUAUUAUAAAGCAGCAAUCCUUGAAGUUUUACAUGCAUUGUACAACUAUAAUUUCUCCUAAAGAAGAACUAGCUUCCUGAAAAAAAAAAUCUUUUUUUUUUCUUCUUUUCCUCGAGAGAGAUGGCGCAACAACCUUCUAGCAUCACCAAAAAGCUGGAAGCCAAAGUUGCCGUCGUAACAGGUGGUGCUAGCGGCAUCGGCGAGGCAACUGCUCGACUUUUUGCCAACCAUGGUGCCAAAGUUGUGAUCGCUGACAUCCAAGACGAAAAGGGCCGAACCGUGGCUGAAUCGAUUGGUUCAAAAAACUGCAGCUAUGUCCGUUGUGAUGUAGCUGAUGAAGAGCAAGUCCAGAGAAUGAUAGAUUCAACCAUCCAAACUUACGGCCAACUAGAUGUCAUGUUCAGCAAUGCUGGAGUAUUUAGCAAGUCAAAUCAAUUGGUGAUCGAUCUUGACUUCUCAGAACUUGAUCAACUCUUUGCUAUCAACGUACGAGGCAUGACGGCAUGUGUAAAACAUGCUGCAAAAGCGAUGGUGGAAAGGGGAGUAAAGGGCAGCAUAGUUUGCACGGCGAGUAUAGCAGCCACUACAGCUGGAGAAGUUUCGACAGAUUAUUACAUGUCGAAACAUGCAGUUCUGGGGCUGAUGAGAUGUGCUAGUAAGCAGUUGGGGCCACAUGGGAUUAGAGUCAACGCUGUUUCACCAUUUGUUGUUGCUACACCAUUAGCGUGCAACUAUUUUCAUAUGGAUGUUGAGGAAUUAGAGAAGAUUCAUCAGCCUCAGACUUCCUUGAAAGAAGCUAUACUGAAAGUUGAUCAUGUUGCUGAUGCUGCUUUAUUCCUUGCCUCCGAUGAUUCUACAUUUAUCACAGGGCAUAAUCUUGUGGUUGAUGGUGGAUGCACAGUUUAAUGAUCAGCAACAACAGGAUCUUUAAUUUUUCACUAAAUUUGUUUGCAAUGAACAGCUGAAGUAUGGGAUUGUUGGAUCUACAGCAGGAGUUGAUCAUUUCAAACUAGAAUGGAUCCAUACUUGGAACUGCUAUAUAUGUCUCACUGGCUGUCUCAUUGAUGUUGUUGUUCUAUCAAACAAACAGCUAUAAGUCUGUUUCGAUUGUCUUGACCGCUAAACCAAGACUUGAGCGGUUGCAAAAGUAAUUUUUUAAUUUCGGC